AUGCUCACCGUUCCGCGGAGAAACCCGCAGCGUGCUUGCAACGCGCUGCCGAUGCUCCUGCUUCCGCUGCUUCUGCUCCUGUACGACUGGCGUUCGGUUUCGGCUUCGCUCGGCUUCUCCGACGAUGCGCUGUCGCAAGCCGGGCAUGAGCAGGGCUGGUCGCUGCCGGACGAGGCACAGCAGGAGCUCUCGCCAAGGUCAAGGCAGGAGCUCCCGCCACCGCAGCACCAGGAUUCGUUUUCGUUCGAGCCUCAGGACGCUCACAGCAUGCUUGCUCCUCGAGACUGCCGCCAGCUGAGCUACUGCCACCUCGCCUUUGGCCAAGGCCGCUGCGUGGACGGUCGCUGCUUGUGCAGAGAGGGGUUCAGCGGAGAGACGUGUGCUGAGGACGAUCCAGCGGAUCCGGAGCCGUCUCGAAGCUCUGGGCCGGACGGGAGCAGUGACGAUGUCCACCGCAGUUUCCACAUCCGCGGAGUGAGAUCUGACGCCGCCUGUGCCGCAGCCUGCGACGCCGAGCCUGCGUGUGUGGGCUACGCGUUUGACGCGACCUAUGAGGUGUGCGAGGCGUACGCAUCCGAGAGGCUCGGACACCGGAGCGGCCGGGUAGGCUGGGGCGAGGCGACUCCUCCCGCCCGCCGCCCCGCUGCGGCGGUUGGCUGGGGCGAGGCUGCGGCUCCGACCGACUUGCGUCCCGUCGCGGCGGUUGGCUGGGGCGAGACCACACCCCCGACCGACCGCCGCCCUGCUGCGGCGGCUGGCUGGGGCGAGGACGCUGCAGCUCCGACCGACCGCCGCCCUGCUGCUGCAAUUGGCUGGGGCGAGGAGGCCGCACCUCUCCCCACCUCCUCGUGGCAAGCGCAGCCAACAAACCUCGGCGGCUGGGA